CAAACACACGCUACACAAUGGCCAGACGAAAGUAGGCGAUCGUCUUGGAACGAGGAGAUUUAGUUAUUCUCACAAUUUUAAGCAGUGUUUUUAACAAAACUUUUCACUUUUGAAAAGUUAGUACACUUUAAGGUAGGCGCGAUCGUGGAAUUCGGAACUUCGGUUGCUGAGAAUGGUGAUUUUGAAAUCCGACACGGCAUCACCAUGGCGUUAUCAGUAACUUGGGUCUCGGACGCUGUUUGAUAACACGAGGCGCUCAGACACACGGAAGGACUCCAUUGGAAACUGGGAUAAACUCAUGGUAUAUUCAGGAUUAUCCCAUGGCGCGGGUGAGGAAGCUUAUUCGACUCUUCCUGGCCUUGAGUCUUACCGGCGCCAUAGCAACCAUUAUGGUAGCGCGUUGGAUCACUCCCGUCGUCUCGGUCAGACCUGGUGAGCGACUGGUCAUCGCCACACAGGCUCCACCACGUCCUCGCGGUUUCCUGGUCGACACCCCAGCAUGUCGUAUACCCAAUCUGGAUCCGUUUGAUAACUCGAUCUCAAAACUGAUUCGUCUUCGAUCAAAGAUUCUGUGUUAUGGAAAACCGUCCAUUACAUACGAAGAUGGAAACGUCCUGCGAAUCAACUGGACAACGGUGAAUAAUUUCUAUGAGGGUGACUUUAAGUACUGUAAAUAUCAACCAAUCACGAGAGGGACAAACCAGUCCGAUUUUCAGUUUUAUUACGGCAAGUUUGGAGAGACCUUCAACAAAGAUAUAGAAAUUUCAGAUGAGUUUAUAAGAAUCUAUUGUAUGAGCAAGUCUGAGGGUACAAUAAACACCAAUUUCCAUUCCUUGAUUAUUCCGAAAGAAGCUGUGGAUGAAAGAUGUGAGAAAAACCUGAAACGCCAUGUGAAGGUAAACCAACCAAAGGAAAUAAUGAAUGUUUUAAUGAUCGGAGUGGACUCUGUAUCCAGGUUAAAUUUUAUGCGCCAGAUGCCCUUGUCGAGAAAAUACCUCCUCGAGGAUUUAGAAGCUAUAGAAAUGUUAGGAUACACUAAGGUUGCUGACAAUACUUUUGUCAACGUUGUACCGAUGACGACGGGGAAAUUUGUUGCCGAACUACCUUGGAAUGAAACUAUGUCCAAAAAACCGUUUGAUGGCUAUAAUUUUAUAUGGAAGAACUUUUCGAAUUGUGGGUAUAGAACUCUGUAUGCUGAAGAUGCCCCUAAAAUUGCUAUUUUUACAUAUUUAAAGGAGGGUUUCCACAUACCCCCGGCCGACCAUUACAACCGGGUGUUCAGUAUUGCGAUGGAGAAACAUAAAUCGGUCUGGAACCAUGAUCAUAAUUGUGUUGGAGACAGGUUGGAAACGGACAUAGUGUUGAAAUAUACUGAAGAUUUCUCUAAACUUUACCGAGAUAAGCCUCAAUUUGGAUUUUCAUUCAUAACGAGGCUCAGUCACGACAAUGUUAACGACGCAGGCGCAGCAGAUGACCCUCACUUCCGGUACCUUCAGAGAAUACACAAGACCGGCCUUCUAGAAAAGACGAUUUUAAUUUAUUUCAGUGACCAUGGUAACCGCUACGGGGAAAUACGAAACACGUUUGUUGGAAAACUUGAAGAGCGUUUGCCGUUCAUAUUUUUGUAUUUCCUCGAUGGUUUAAGAAAAAUAUCCACGCUUGAUUGA